UCCUAGUUCUGAAUUUAAAUCAGACUAUAAAGAAUUAAUGAAAAAACAUAAUGUUGAAAUUAAGAUUGGCACGUCUCAUAGAAGUCAAGCUAUUGUUAAGAGAUUUAAUCGCACUUUAGCUGAAAAAUUGUUUAGAUUACAGAAUGCUUCAGAUUUAUUGUUGCCUAUCUCCAAAAGAUCUAGAGCUUGGGUUAAAAAUCUUCCCAUUAUUGUUAAUGAUCUUAAUAAUUCAGUAACUAGAUUAAUUGGUAUGACCCCUGCUAAAGCUAUAAAAAUGAAGCAAGUUAUUGCUAUAUCUUCCAAAUUACGAAAUGGGCCUAUAGGCUUUAAUGAGUCUAAGCUAUUAUAUAAUACAUCAGUAAGAUAUUUGCUUGAACCUGGUGAGUUAGAAGGUGGAUAUAUGCAAGCAACUGAUAUGAAUUGGUCUCCACAAGUUUAUUAUAUUCAUAAAGCUUUGGUACAAAAAAAUCAACCUAUUUUAUAUUGGCUUGAAGAUAAAGAGGGCAAUAGACCAAAGCAGUCUUUUGUUAGAAAAGAACUCCAAAUUAUUCAUUCUAAUACUAAAUUACCUCCUCAGUGGGUGCUUACAAUUUGUGGAAGAACCUGUAUGUGUCCUGAAGGUUUUAGUUAUCAUUGGAAAGCUAAAAGAGUACCUUGUACUGAUUGUAGAAAGCCUACUGGUUCAACUUCUGAAAGAACUUAUAAUGAAAUAUUUGAUAUACUUCGAUUAAAUGUACAAGAAAAAACUUAUGAGGAAAUAAUGAAUACUCAUAAAAAUAGACUUGCAAAACUUAAUAUUAAUCUUUGUAGAAGAUGUUUAUAUCCAAUAAAAGUGGAAAAUAGAGAAUAUUGUGAUAAUUGUCAACUUG